CAAAAACAGACAUUAAUCCAUAACUAUUUAGGCCCAUCUUCAAGCCCAUUAAACCUUUUCCUCUUAAUCCAACGAUUAAGAUUGAAUCAGAAGCUUAAACCUCACGGUCCUCACCUGAAUCACACCGCUUAACUUCACAUGUCGUUUUCUGUUUUUCCUUAGAUUUCCCGGGAAAAAGGAAAUAAUUAAAAAAAAUUGGCAAAAAGGUAAAAAAGUUAAGUUAAAAAAACCAAACUACAAUAAAAAGGACAAAGAGAUGUUUCAACAACACUUCAACAAAAAAGCCUUUUGUUCAAUCUGAAGAAAAAAAAAGAGUCAACAAAAAAAAAAAACCAAUGGAAGAAGAAGAUCCUACAGCAAGCAAUGUGAUAACGAAUUCGAAUUCUUCAUCUAUGAGAAACCUAUCGCCGGCGAUGAAUACUCCGGUGGUUUCACUUGAGUCACGAAUCAAUCGAUUAAUCAAUGCUAAUCAAUCUCAAUCACCAUCACCAUCAUCACUAUCAAGGUCUAUAUACUCUGAUAGAUUUAUCCCCAGUAGAUCCGGAUCCAAUUUCGCUCUUUUCGAUCUAUCUCCUUCUCCUAGUAAAGAUGGUAAGGAAGAUGGAGCUGGCUCUUACGCUACUCUGUUGCGUGCGGCGAUGUUUGGUCCUGAGACGCCGGAGAAGAGAGAUAUUACUGGGUUUUCUUCUUCCAGGAAUAUUUUUAGGUUUAAGACGGAGACUCAUCGGUCUUUGAAUUCGUUUUCUCCUUUUGGUGUUGAUGAUGAUUCUCCUGGUGUUUCUCAUAGUGGUCCUGUUAAAGCUCCCAGGAAAGUGCCGCGAUCGCCGUAUAAGGUAUUGGAUGCACCGGCCUUGCAAGAUGAUUUUUAUCUGAAUCUUGUGGAUUGGUCUGCACAAAAUGUUCUAGCAGUGGGACUAGGGAACUGUGUGUAUUUAUGGAAUGCUUGUAGCAGCAAGGUUACUAAGUUAUGUGAUCUCGGAGCUGAGGAUAGUGUUUGCUCAGUGGGUUGGGCGUUACGUGGAACUCAUCUGGCUGUUGGAACUAGUACCGGGAAAGUUCAGAUAUGGGAUGCGUCACGCUGCAAGAGAACAAGAACAAUGGAAGGUCAUCGUCUAAGAGUUGGAGCCCUGGCAUGGGGUUCAUCGGUUCUGUCAUCUGGUAGCAGAGACAAGAGUAUUCUUCAGAGAGACAUAAGGUGUCAAGAAGAUCAUGUCAGUAAAUUGGCAGGUCAUAAAUCUGAGGUAUGCGGACUCAAGUGGUCUUAUGACAACAGAGAGCUAGCAUCUGGUGGAAACGACAAUAGGCUUUUUGUAUGGAACCAACAUUCAACACAACCGGUUUUGAAAUAUAGUGAACACACUGCAGCUGUUAAAGCCAUUGCUUGGUCUCCUCAUGUUCAUGGGCUUCUUGCUUCUGGUGGUGGUACUGCUGAUAGAUGCAUACGUUUUUGGAAUACAACCACGAAUACUCAUUUAAGUUCCAUAGAUACUUGCAGUCAGGUAUGCAAUCUAGCUUGGUCUAAGAACGUAAACGAGCUUGUUAGCACACACGGAUACUCUCAGAACCAAAUCAUUGUCUGGAAAUACCCAACCAUGUCCAAAAUUGCUACUCUAACCGGUCACACAUACCGAGUCUUAUACCUUGCGGUUUCACCCGAUGGACAGACGAUUGUAACAGGAGCAGGAGAUGAAACCUUAAGGUUCUGGAAUGUUUUCCCUUCCCCAAAAUCUCAGAACACGGAUAGUGAAAUCGGGUCGUCUUUCUUUGGUAGAACAACAAUUCGGUGAGAAGUUACUUUCAAAACACACAGAAAAAGUCAUAAAUUCUUGAUUUCUUCAGCAGCAGCCAGCUUGAGUUGGUCGUCUCAACCAACUUUUUUCACACGGGAGCAGAGAGUCAUUAAAUUCUUUUACACACGGAUGCAACAAGAUCUAACCCUUUUGAUUUAAUCACGAUCUUUGGGUUUCCAUCAAGAUGCACAACAUUUUCCCCCAAAAUUUUCCAAAGUGUAUAUCUUUAUUCAAUUUUUCUUCAUAUAUCAAAAUAUAGUUUCUUUUGUAUUUAUUUACUUACGAACACAACAUUUUAUAAAAUAAGCCCAUGAUAAUAAUGCAAUAAUUCGUUACCAUUCUCUUA